AUGGACAGUCCAGAAAUCCCACCCUCAGGGCUGUCUUCCUGGUUCAAGGAGUCACGAGGAAAGGACUACCCGGAAAAAUUGGCUAAGGAAGCCUGGAAAAUCUGCCCUGCUUACAUUACAAUCGGCGGUCAUGAAGAAGCAAUCAGGAUCGGAAUGCGUAUAUCUCUUGACUCCCAGCAGCCGGCAUUUCAAAUCUGUUCAAAAGAUGACAAAGCGAGUCGGAUCGUCUUUCCCUUGCAGAAUUUCCCUGUCGUGUGUCGUAUCGAAGGCAGUCAUUCCUCCUACACCGUCGAAAAUCUUAUUCCGGAAUACCGCACACCCUGCGAUUUCCUGCAAGAUUGGGGAAAUGUCGCAGUUGAGUUUCAGGUCUUUGAAGAGCCGGUUGUCCCUUUUCAUGCUCAUAAUUCGGCCACGGCCAUAGAGGACGAAGAAUAG